AAAUCUGCCACUUCGCAAUUCCGUACGUUGCGGGUUUCCUGAGUCUCGAUGGGCUAGGCGGCAGUCUGCGUUACCCCCACUGGCAGACGAACCCGUUUCGCUCGAUCCCGCUUCCUGGAGACGCUCUUAUAUGUUCCUCCAGUCCCGUCCUUUGCGACGUCCACAGAGCGUCAACACACAGACAUCCCAGCUGCUUCCCGCCGACGCAAUGUCGCGCUCUGGUUCUUCCCCCUCUGCCUCCGCCUCCGCCUCCGCCUCCUCGUCCUCGACCUCCCUCCUCUCCGUCGCCCGCCUGGGCACCAUCAUCCGCGUUAUAGCCCUCCUCGCGUGCCUCGCGCUGCUCGCCUUCCUCGGCGUGAGCUACUGGGCUCUAACGGCCACUAAUCUGACGCCACGUGUCGAGGAGUUUAGGGACCACUGGGACUCGUGCGUGAACCAGCCCAUGGGCCACUGGGUCAAGCUCGCCGCGCCCAAAUUGGGAGGCGUCGCCUGCUCGUACAUAGUUAAAGCGGCGAUUAGGAGAGGGGAGGCAGGGGUGGCGAGAGGCAGGCUGCUGCGUCGGAUGCAGUUGAAGGAGCAGCCGGGGAGGGACGGGUGCGCCGUGCAGUACGACACUGACGUGGACCCCUGGGACAUGCAUCCCGUGCCACGUGGCAAGUUCUCCUACUCCUCGUGCCACGUGGACUGGAUCGUCUACUCGUCCGAGUGCGGAAUGAGCAUGGUUCGGAUGGCGGAUUUCGCGCACAUGGCAGCAAUCCCCUUCUCAGUCGUCGGGGUGAACAUCCCCUGGAGGGGCCAGGGGGGCCGCGUGAGGACGAUCAGAGACUAUCUCCGCUCGCUCCCUCCUGACCGCAUCGUAAUUUCCACAGAUGCUGACGACGCAUUUCUCAUGCCCGGCCCGUCCUGCCGCCCGGAAAACCUCGUCGAGGCGUUUCUCUCACUCAACGCGCCUGUGGCCUUCGGCGGCGAAAUCUUCUGCUACCCAGACUGGCGCAAAAUUGAGGUGUUUUACCCUCGGAAAAUCAACGAGACGAAGAACUGGUUCCUGAAUUCCGGCGCCUAUGUGGGCUACGCAUGGGCUUUAGCAGAGCUGAUAGACGCCACCUAUGUGGGGGACUGCAUGCAGGACCAGCGCGGCUACACCCUGGGAUUCAUUGGCCAGCAGUACCUCUUCCGCCAUCUCCCCCGCGUGCCCUACCCCGAAGCCAGCGAUUUUGAAGCUGCCCGCAGCAGCUGGGGCAGCGUCACAGCAGCAGUGGCAGCUCAGACCCAAUUCGCUGACUCGCCGUUCAGAAAGCCGUGGCGCAACCCCCGUCCGGUGCGCUACAACACCACCAUGUCGCCGUUCCACCGCCUGCCGCCCGCGUCGGAAGCCAAGGCGAUCAGUGAAGCGGUGGAGGCCGGGGAGAAGGACGCACCGUCUGUCAUGGCUGCGCCGUUUAUGAAGCUGGAUCAUUAUAACACGCUGUUUACGCAUCUGGGGGGGUACCCCUGGGAGGAGUUUGAAGUGGUGGGCAGGGGUGCGGAGGCGAUGGUGCGUGCGAGGAGCACGGGCGGUAUGGCGUGCAUUUUGCACCAGCAGGGCGACAAGACAAAGAAUCUGUCCAUGUACUACAUCUUUGAGCAGGCAGGGCUGGACGCUGUGCAGGCUGCACGGGGGUACGUGUAGGCGGGAUGAUGAUGUGUGUGUUGAAGUGCCUCAACUGCACCAACAGCGUGACAAGUCGCAGAAAUUAUGUGCGGCGUCUUUGGCUGGGCUGGGCUGGAUGAUUUGGAUUCUGACAGGGGUACAAUGUCUAUCGAUUUUUACUUGGUGUGCAUGGUUCAUUUCGUGCAUGCAGAAUAUGGGCCGCUUGGACGAUUAUCACGUUAUGGGAAUCAUGUUCCUCAGCAUAGAAUCAUGUGGUGCUGAUUGCAUACGGGAAUAAUCGGCACCACUCUGGAAGCUAGCAGAAAUAGUGGUGU